AUGCCUGGACGUAUGGCCCCCAGAUAUACCCGCGAAGAAGUGGCUAAACACAAUACACCUUCUGACCUAUGGGUAAUUAGCAACAACAAAGUGUACGAAUUGACAGAAUUCGUUCUCGACCAUCCUGGAGGUUCAGACUUAAUUGAACAAUGGGCAGGUAAAGAUGUGACCAGCAUAAUGUCAGAUCCAGACCAGCAUGAGCAUACGCAGAUCGCAUAUGAUGUUUUAAAAGAGUUAUGUAUAGGUGAAGUAGUGGUGGAGUCAACUUCAAACGGCUUUACUAGGACAAGCACGUUUGAAGAGUCAGCCAGCCAAGUAACUACUGAAGCCCUGAACCAAGUGAUGUCGAAUAAUAAUAGUUAUCAGACGACGAUUGUCGAAGAAGCUAACGGACAAGCAGGCACACUCUUGUCAAAUGAAAAAUUAGUGAUCGACGAGACAUUUAAGCCAUCAGAAACCAACAUCAACACAGACUUACAACAAGAACAUUUUCUCGACCUCAAUAAACCAUUAUUCUAUCAAAUGUUCCAUUGUAAUUACUCGAAGGAAUUCUACCUCAAACAAAUACACAAACCACGUUUUCUUCCAUAUUCUGCACGAUUGUUUGGACAUCCUCAUUUGGAAAUGUUGACGAAAACUCCUUGGUAUGUGAUUCCGGCUUUAUGGCUCCCCGCCACCUAUUAUCAUAUAUACAUGGCAUCAGAAACUUUAGGCAACAAGAGCAUUACAGUGUUAUUUAUUAUCGGGAUUUUUCUUUGGACUUUGAUCGAGUAUACGUUGCAUCGAUUCAUCUUUCAUAUUGAUCAAUUAUUACCCGAUCACCCGUACGCUCUUUCGGUACAUUUUGCUUUGCAUGGUAUACAUCAUUAUUUGCCAAUGGACAGAUUGCGCCUAGUAAUGCCACCAGUUCUCGGGAUGUCCAUCGCAACUCCUAUCGUACGUCUAGGAUACAUGAUAUUUCCUGAAUACAUAGCACACGGAAUAAUCGCUGGAGCAUUCUUUGGGUACAUUUGCUACGAUUUGACCCAUUAUCAUCUUCAUCAUGCUCGCCCGUUUGGCCAUCAUUUGCGAGAAAUGAAAUCGUAUCACCUGAAUCAUCAUUACAAAAAUUAUGAAUCUGGGUAUGGAAUCACAAGCAAGAUUUGGGAUCGUGUAUUUGGCACCGAAAUUCAGCUUGGCCCAUGA